UUUUGCCUUUGUUAUACAAAGCUUCCUACUUUCAAGAGUCAAAGGAGCGAAUAUACUAAAAGCAGAUGGUCGUACGGAACAGGAAGAAAACGAGACAUGAAAGGCCUUGCUAUAUUUUUAUUGCUUUUCAUGACUGUUGCAAUUUCACAUUCCGAGAAAUAUAAGGAGGUCUGCCCUAAACCAAUAAUUUCUCGAAACGUCACUGUGAAGUAUAUCAAAUUUCGACCAAAUCUGAUAUCGAAAGUUGGUUCGAGGCUAAAGUUUGAUUGUGAAAAAGGCUACACCCUCGUUGGGCGCAAAAAGCUAAAAUGCCAGCGUGACGGUAAAUGGUCAGCAAGCUUUCCAGUUUGCAGAGAUAAGGAGGUCUGCCCUAAACCAAUAAUUUCUGCAAACGUCACUGUGAAGUAUAUCAAAUUUCAACCAAAUCUGAAAUCGAAAGUUGGUUCGAAGCUAAAGUUUGAUUGUGAAAAAGGCUACACCCUCGUUGGGCACAAAAUACUAAAAUGCCAGAGUGACGGUAACUGGUCAGAAAAUUUCCCAGUUUGCAGAGCGGUUAGAUGCAAAAGACCCAUUCAGCUGAAGUCUUUCAGGAAUGGUUAUUUUACAAUCGACAAUGAGAAGCUCGAGUUUGGGACUACGAUUACAUUCUUCUGCAAUGAGAACUACGAAUUGACAAAAGCAGAUGCUAUAACUUGCAAUGAAAAUGGAAAGUGGUUACCAAGAAGACUUCCAAGAUGCAGAAGGUUGAGCUGUGGUAAUCCAGGACGCCCUGAAGACGGAAGGAGAUUCGGGUCAAAUUUUACAGUUGGUGCCAAUGUCAGCUACAGAUGCAAUGGAGGUUAUACUCUCGUUGGUUCUGCGAUACGAACCUGUCAAUCAAAUGGUCUCUGGAGUGGCGAGCUCGUAAUAUGUCUCGAUAAAAAGAGUCACUGCCCAAAUCCUGGUGUACCAGCAAAUGGAAGACGAAUAGGCAAAAGUUUCGAAAAGGGAGACGUCGUUGUGUAUGAAUGUUUACCCGGAUUCACACUGAUUGGCGACAAAAGCCAUAAUUGCACACUGCACGGGAACUGGACAGGGAAUAGGCCCUUCUGUGAAGACGACAAUAAGGUAACGAUUCCACCGAUCGAAGAAACCGCUUUGUUAUUCUCAAACGAUUUGAUCAAGCCGCUGGCAAAAAAAACUUGCCAAACUGACGAGAAUGGAAAAUGCAUUAAGAGUAGAGGCCGUUCCCUGUCGCUGAAUAACCCAGACGGGCUUGAUCUCAUAUUUCUGAUCGACUCUUCAAGCAGUAUUGGUCAAAAAAACUUUGAUCUUACACUGGAGUUUAUCUGCGAAAUUAUCGUGAAAUUUGGAGUGGAUUAUGGAAAGGGGGGUACAAGGGUAGCAGCAGUGACAUUCAGUACAAAAGCGUAUCUGGUGUACAAUCUCGGCGAUGCUAGCGUCGAUACUGCAACUAGAGCUUGUGAAAUAACUAGAAAUAUAAAGUACCGAGGAGGAGGGACUGGGAUAGCAGUGGGGAUGGACUUGGUGAGGACAAACAUUUUGAGCGAAAAAGAACGAAACAGGAAACGAGCGCUGAUUUUGAUCACUGAUGGAACCCAUAACUUUGGAGGAAGUCCAAUUGAUAUUGCUAGAAAACUUAAGAGUGAGCAAAACGUGGAGAUCUACACAAUAGGAGUAGGAAAGAAGAUCAAGCGAAGUGAAUUGAAAAAUAUUGCCUCGAGGUCAAAGAAAACAGGAAGAAAACUCAUAUUUCAGCUUAAAUCUGAGGAGGAUUUCCAAACUUUGCUCCAUAAGAUUAUUCGAACAGAUUACAGCUUAUGCGGGAUAGGCCCAUCGCUUUCUACUGGUCGAGGAAGGGUGUCACAGGGGAAAGAUGCUGAUGACAGCGGAUGGCCAUGGCAGGUUGCAAUUUACCGGUCAAAUGUAAAAGCAGAUGCUUAUAGUCUGAUAUGUGGCGGAUCAAUCAUAAACAAAACAGCAAUUCUGACAGCUGCCCAUUGCUUAGAAGAGGACGACAGAAGAAGUAUAAACUUUACAGUAGUUAGGGACCCACACAGAUAUAGAGUUGUGGUUGGACAUACAGAAAUUAAGCUCAAAGACAAGGAUUGGGUUACGAAAAAUGGCUUGGUCAUCAAAGAUAUAUACGUACAUCCUUUGUUCGAAUUUGGGGAAAAACAUUUCAACGACUACAACGACGACAUUGCUAUUUUUCAGCUGAGAGAGCCCGUGCGUUUUUCCAGAAAAAUUAGGUCUAUCUGCCUGCCCAAGCCUUCGGAUCACUUAGAGGACGGACUUGAAAGAAAUGCAAGACAGCUUGGAUAUGUUACUGGCUGGGGACUUGUCAAUAGCAAUAAGGAUCGGGAAGAAAAGCUCCAGUUUGCAGAUUUAUACGUGAAUUCCAACGAAACAUGCAAAGAUGAACAUUUCGUCAAAGAAAAAAUGUUUUGCGUUGGAAACAAAGACGGAAAAGAUGCAUGCCGAGGAGAUAGUGGAGGCCCGUUUUCGAUGUACUUUCAUUCAGAGAGAGUUUACAAGCUUGUUGGAAUGGUCAGUUGGGGAGAUCCCGAAUGUGGCGGAACAGAUUUACAUGGAUAUCUGACUCGAGUGACCAAUUACCUAAGCUGGAUAAAAGAAGUGUUAAAAGAAUUUACCUAAAAAAAUUUGGUAUCUCAAAAUGUAAACUUAUAUGUCAUCACUUUUGAACGUUCAAACUUUUUUAUUUUUUGACUGAAUUUUUGACAGAUGUACUCAUUAUAAUUUCUAGCAAAUACCAUUAAUAAUCAUUA